GGUUUCACUUUUGGGAUUUUAGUAAUUAAUUAUGUGCAUUAUCUGUAAAUCGGCCUAACAAUGGCAGGAAUUGACGGCCAUUAACUUCUGUCCCGUCAUCAAUAAUUUGAUCUUUCUCUCUCUUUCCGUUAUAUCUAGAUCUGUACUCAAAUCUUGCGUCUCUCAAUUAUAGAGCUGAAUCUGAAGCUGAAUCGACUUCAUAAGUGUUUCGCUAGCCAGUUCCAUGGAUGCAAUUACCAACUUAGAUGCUGUGGAUGAAAUGACAUCCGUGCAAGUUAAAUCCUUCUUUGACUCGGCACCUCUUCUGAAAGAAGCUAACAGCAUAAGCAGCAAAUUAAGCCAAUUUAUCGAUCAGAACUCUUCUUUAUCAAGAAGUGGGGGACCGAGAAGAAUUGUAUGUGUCACAUCUGGUGGUACCACUGUUCCUCUAGAGCAACGAUGUGUGCGGUACAUUGAUAACUUCAGCUCUGGACAUAGAGGAGCAACAUCUACCGAAUACUUUCUGAAAUCUGGAUAUUCAGUCAUCUUUCUCAGUAGAAGGGGAACCUGCCAGCCAUAUUGUAGAUCGCUUCCUGAUGAUCCGCUACUCGAAUGUUUUGAGCUUACUGAUGAUUCAUGUAUACAAGUGCACGAGUCACAGUCUGAAGCAGUUAAGAGCGCAAUUAGAGGACAUCAUGCAGCUGUUUCAGGAGGAUUCUUGCUGAAACUACCCUUCACAACCAUCUUUGAAUAUCUUCAGAUUUUACGGUUAAUUGCAAUGUCGAUGAAGAUCCUUGGAGCAAGUGGUAUGUUUUAUCUUGCGGCUGCUGUAUCUGACUUCUAUGUUCCAUGGGAGAGCAUGGCAGUACAUAAAAUCCAGUCUGCAUCUGGGCCAUUAGAUAUGCGGCUUGCUCAAGUCCCGAAGAUGCUCUCGGUUUUACGGAAAGAGUGGGCCCCCACAGCAUUCUGUGUAUCAUUCAAGUUAGAGACAGAUAGAGAGAUUCUUUUAGAGAAGGCUGAUUCAGCUCUUAAAAGGUACAAAAUGAAUGCUGUAGUCGCAAACGAACUCUCGACUCGUAAAGAGGUAGUGAUACUUGUCACCAAUAGUGGAAAGGUCUCGGUAUAUCGUGAAAAUGAUCAUGCAGAUGUUGAAUCUCCCCUGAUCAAGCUGCUUGUAGAGCAACAUUCAAGUCACAUUGAGGGGAUGAAUGCAUGAAUACUGAACGAAAAGUUUAUUGGAAGAAAUUUUGAAGAAAUAAUCCAUGUUCCCUUAUGCAAACUGCUUUUGGGGUUCAAGCUCAUAUCAUUUCAUGUCCGUUUUUAUCGUUUUGUCGAAUCUGCUGUAUUCAGAGAAAGAGUCAGAAAGUGAAACUUGAUAAAAUAACUUGAAUACUUUUCUUCUUCAUGUUUUAUAUUUGUCUUCAUACUGCUAUGGAAGGAUCAACAUUCAAAAUGAAUAAAUUGGUGUUUUUGUUUCA